UUGUGUUACUGCAGCGCUCGAUUGCCUUUUGUAGUUUUGACAUGUACACAAGGACCAGGUAAUCACGAUAGAUCAUUUAGGCUAACACUCAGCUGGGUGUCGCUUGAUUUCCUCUCCAGAACUCAGCGCUCGAAAGUCAGAUCUGAUGAGUACUAUAACGAAAGAUCUUGGAGAGAGUUAUCUGCAAGGUGGAGAACUUCUCGGAGAGUUGGACGAGGACAGCGAUAGCGACAGCUUGCUGGCGGACGAAUUAAGAGGAAUGUAUCGGAACAGGCUCAAAGACGUGGAAGAAAUAGGGGAGAAAAGGGAAGAGGCGCACAGGCAUCAACUUCAGUCCCUGCAGUCCUAUGUGAAUGAGCUCAGCGAUCAAAAUGAGAUCCUGGUGCAGACUGUUGAGGAACUAGAGAGGGAAGCCAAUGAUAGAGUGGCACUGAUGGAAAGUAAACUCCAAAGAACAACAGUGUCUCUAAAGGACUACACAGCAAGGGCAACUGAACUAGAUGUACAAGUUGAAAAGCUGAGCAAAGAAAAGAAAGAUUAUGUGGAAGAGAUUAAGGCCUUGAAAGAGGAGCUAAACGUAACAACCCAGCAAUUAGCUCACCUUGAGACGCGACAUGAAGACUUGGAUUAUGACAUUGACAAUCUGAUCAACCUGAUUGGCACAGCUCGAGCUACAGGGAAAUGGGAGUUGGCAGGGUUAGACUUGAGGACUGUAUCUCUUGAUUCCAUAUUAGGUGCUCAUGCUGCAGCCUCCAAGGAGUUGAGAGAAGGAGAGAAAAGACUCACAGAACACAUCCAAGAGCUGAAGAAGCAGUUAGCUGCCAGAGAUCAAAUGAUUCAAAGAUUGCAGAAAGACCUGAAGGGGAAAGAACAGAGCAACCUUGAACUUGCGGACACUAAUGCCCAUGGUAAUGAAAAAGUGGGCUCUUUCGCCGGGGAUGCCAAGUCGUUUGAUACUUAUACGGAAGAAUGUUCUGGAAGCAUGACUCAGAAAGACGUGCUCAUUAGAAAGCUGAAGAACGACCUGGAGCACUCGAGAAAACAGCAGCAAAGUACGGCCAGAGAGCUACGAGAGUGUGAGCUGUCCAUAGCGCGGCUGCAGGGACAGAUUGGUAAACUUCAGGAUGAACAGGCCCUAAAACGUUCAGACGUUGCAGCUAAAGAUCAGUCUUUGAGGGUUUUGGAACAGCAGCAAGUUGGUAAUAAAGUAAAGGUUGCGAGACUUGAAGAAGAAAAUCGUGAACUUAAGACACAAGUUCAAGCAUUGAGAGACUCGGAAGGGGGCAUUCCACUGGAUCUGUCUCGGGAGUUUGAACAACGAGUGAAGCGACUAGAAGCUGAAUUGGAAGUGGCUGAAGAUCAGCGGCGUAAAGCAGCACAAGAAGUGGUCAAAUUACAAAGUCAACUGAGCGAAAGUCAACAUGCUGCCAAGGGACGUAAAGAAGUGUUGGUCAGCGAGCUGACUUCAAGAGAUUCCGAGCUUGACAAUAUGAAGGACCGAUAUGAUGCCGCCGUUAAGGAGAUCCAUCAAUAUGAAAAAGAGAUCCGUGAGCUAAAAUCGCAGAAUAACAACUGCACUUACGAGCUGGAGAAGAAUAAAUUUCACAUUCAGCAACUGGAAGAAGAUGUUAUAAAGUGUCGUGAGCAAGUCGCCCGUUCAGAAGAGGAAUGUAGAGCGGCCCAGAGGGAGAUAAAACGACUACAGGUGGCUUCUAAUGAUCAGAGAGACGCACUAGCCAAUGAAGUGGCUGAGCGCCAUGACACCAUUUUAACGUUAAAGACGGAUCUUUCUGCUUUGGAUGACAAACACAGAGAAGCUGUCGCUCAGCUUUCUCAUCGGAAUAAUGUGAUUUCAAAGCUCCGAACUCAAAACAAAGAGAUGACAGACUCGAUCGAAGACUACAGUCGUAAACAGGCAGAGCUGGAAAGUAAACUGAAUGUUGCUAACAAAAGAUUAUCUGACCUGGAAAAUCGGUUGGAGCGGAGUCAUAAAACCAGCCUAGAAAAGUCUGAUCACCUCGGGAAAAUGGUGGAUGAUAAAGAUGUAGAAUUGCGGGAACUUAAGAUGGCUCUCUCUAAUAUAAAAGAUCAGCAUGAACAAGCACAGUCCAAGGUCUCCCACCGGGAAGAGGCUUUGCAAAGACUUCAAGCGCAACAAAAAGAUUUUGUAGACGAGGUGUCUCGACGCGAGAAAGCCAUUCAAAAGCUUGAACUGGAGCUUCUGACAGCACAAGAAAACCAUCGAAGAGCACUGGAUGACAUCACAAGACGUGACGACACCAUUCAGCAGUUAGAAGGAGAUCUGGAGGGCAGCAGGAAACAGCUGAAGGAUGCGAUUGAAGAGAAAGGGAGACUCGAAGCUAAGAUUCAAGCGUAUAAGAUCUCUACCCAGAGCGAGCAAGACGUGUUGGCCGAAGAGGUCGCUAAGCGAGAAGAGGCUAUUCAUAAGCUGAAGAUCGAAAAGUUAUCUCUUCAGGAACAACAGCAAAAGGCUGAAGAUAAUGUUCGAGAGCACGAACGAGCAGUGGAAAGACUUCGGCAGCAAUAUGAAGACUGUCUACAAGAUAUGCAGCAAAGGAAUACUGCUGUGGUUGAUAUGGAGGCUAAACUGAACGACAUGAAAUCCAAGUCGGAAGAAUACACUGAUAAGCUAGAGCAAUACGAAGACACUAUCCGUGAACUCAACUUGAAAAUGACUUCACUUCAAGGCGAUCGCGACCAGAAGGAACAUGAGGCUGACAUGAAGGAGGAUACAAUACAGCACCUGGCCGCGGAGAUGGAUGAGUUACAGGAACAGCACAGGGACGUUUUGUCGAAGAUGUCUAAGAGAGAUGAAAUGAUUGAUCGCCUGAAGUCUGAAACUUCUUAUCUAAAAGAUCAACAAAGGGACAAAGAAAGAGAGAUCUCCCAGCAACUGGACGUGAUCAAUCGACUGGAGCGAGACUUGAGUGAAAGUAGCCGAGACCUUGAAAAUCUGAAAGAGAAAUCAACUGAGGAUGUGGCCAGAAGAGAUAAAAGAAUUGAGCAGCUUGAAGAGGAGUUCGCCGAAACACAGCAACAGUACACGGAAUGUUAUGACGAGCUUGUUCGCCAAGAGGAACUCAUGGCAAAGUUACGAAAUGAGAUAACGUCACUACAAGAAGAUGUGUCAAGGUCAAAUGAUGAGGUGGUAGAAUCGGAAGAAACUAUUCGCAAAAUGGAAAUGGAGCUUGCGAUGUCACAGGAAAAACACCGCACAUGUACGCAAGAGGUGGCAAAACGCGACGAGACGAUCCUGAGCCUACAGUCCGAAUUGGACGCUACUCAGCAGGAAUACGAGACGUGUAGCAGUGAGCUGUUGGAGAGAGAACGAGAAGUAAACGACUUCAAAGAAAAACUCGGCAAACUGGAUGUCGAGGUUAAGGCGCUCAAAACACAACGAGAAAGUGACGAAAACAAGAUCGCAGGAGACGAUAAGGAAAUACAACAACUGAAGACAGACAAAGCGAGACUGAUGCAUGAGGUCCAACAACUGAUGCAGACUGUUGAACAUGUAGAGGGAACCAUGACGGACGCAGUAACAGGACAUUCGUCAGAGAUUAAACGGCUUAAUGCAGAGAUUGAAACAUUGGGAGCUAACCUUACUGAAGUCAUGCAGAAAGAGAAUGAUACAGCUAACCAGCUCCAAGAAGAACGCGAGAAAAAUAAUAAACUGACCCGUGAAGUGCAACACAACCAAAAACUGAACGAGGAAGCCCUUGAAGAGAUCAAUCGUUUAGAGCAAACUAUCCGUCGUCAAGAAAAAGAUAUGACAGAAGCAAGAAACCAGGCUUCAAGUCUGAAAGAAAAGCUCAAUGAACUGGAAUCACACAGCCAUCAACUACAGAAAAACGUUAACUAUUACAAAAGCCAGUUUAAUCAAAGUGUUACUCAGGUCAAUCGAUGUGAGGCUAUGAUCAAGAACUUGGAGAAAAGUUUGAAAGAGGCACAAGAGCAGGCGGUGAAGUGCGAAGAAGAAAUAAACCAACAGUCUCAAGAGCUGACAGUAUUGAGACAAAAUUAUGCGAGUGAAACGGAAAAGGCUCAAAAGCAGAACAACGCAAUGGAAGAGCUUGAUAGGGAGUUGCAUCUGGCCAAAGACGCCUGCCACAGAUUGAAAAGCCAGGUUUCCCAUUGUGAAGAGACCAUUCACAAUUUAAAGCAAAAACUCGGCGACAAACAGAAAGAGGGCUCUAUCCAAGAGGAAAGAACAAGGCUUCUUCAGGAAGAUUUGAAUGCUUCAAAAGAAAAAUUCGAGAAAUCGUUGGAAGAGAUUGCACAGAAGGAAGAAAAGAUCCGAAGUCUUCAAAACGCGAUUUUGACCGAAAAGGAACAACACGCUCAGCGAGUCCAACAGGUCACUUAUUAUGAAGAGAAAAUGCUGGAAGUGGAGGAUGAGCUAAGUAGAGUGAAAGAAGACAGAAGGCAGGCAUCAAUACAGGUAACACGCAGUGAGCAGCUUAGUCAACAGCUACAGAAGGAAGUCACCAACUUGAAACAAAAGAGCAGAAACGAGAUGGCGAAAAAGGAUGAAAUUGUGAGGCGACUAGAGGGAGACUUAACCAACCUUCAAGAGACGGUCAAAAGCUAUGCUGAGGAGGUCGCUCAGCUGAACGGCAAGCUAACGGCCACUCAGACAACACUAUCAACACGUGAUCAGGAACUACGUGAAAAGGAAAAUGAGAUAUUCAGUUUGGAGCAGGCAACAGCUGAGAUGAACGACCAGGUUAACACCAUUCAGACGAACUGUAGCCACUUGGAAGAAGAGGGUUCUAAGCAGCGUGCCAGAGUUAUUCAAUUGGAAGAAGACUUAUCAAAUACUCGCCAAAAGCACCGAGACGCCGCACAAGAUCUUGCUCGUUGUGAGGAGAGACUGGGUCUGGUGGAACAGAGUUUGUCGUCUACACAAGACCAGCUGAGUGCCCGGGUGUCAGAGGUUGUGAGACUAGAGAAAUCAAAUCGCAGAUUGCAAUUGGAACUGAAGAGCACCAAUGAACAACAAGAAGUACAAAACAGACAGAUCGGAGAGCUUGAAGGUUACUUGGAGCAGUUGAAGGCAGACUUGCAAGUGGCUCAACAGAGACACCAGGCGGCUGUAGAGGAGGCGGCUGCUUACGAGGACAAGGCAAGAAGACUGGAGAUAGAUUUGGAGACUUCCCAAAAAGAAAACCAAGUUAUUAGUGAACAGUUUAAUGACCAACUGGAAAGUGCGCGGGAACUGGAAACCCAACAAGCACAACUUAGAGGACAAAUACAGGAGGCACAGAAGCACAUUCGUCAUUGUCAAAACGUGAUGGAGGAACAAGAGAACAAAAUCUCGUCCUAUAUUGAACAACAGGAAGAUGUGAAAUCAAUGAUUCGGGACAAAGAGAAAGCGAAUGGUCAGCUGCGAGAGGAACUUGGUGGAGUAUUAGAGAAAAACAAAAACAUCAUGGAAGAGAUCGCGGCACGUGAUGCUGAUAUACGGGUUCUAAAAACUGACCUGAACUCGGCGCAGAAGAAAAUCAAGAAUCAUGCAAAUGAGGUUAAACGCUAUGAGGAAACACUACAUCAAUUUCAGAAAGACUUAGAGCGUGCACAAGAGAAUCAUAGGAAUGCCUCAAUGCAAAUUGGAAACCUCGAAAAAAAUGUGCAAAACUUGAAAGUACAGCUUGCUGGUGCACACGGAAACCACAAGGAAGCCAUGGACCAGCUGGCACAGCGAUCUAAAAGCUUAGCAAAUGUCAAAAUGGAGUUAGCAACGACAAAGCAACAGAACCAGGCUAUGGACGAACAGAUCUUAGGGUUGGAGGAAAAAGUUCGGAAAUUAAAGACGGACUUGAAGAGAUAUCAGGACAAAACCAAACAUGCUGACGGAGAGAUCCAACAGUUCGCUAGGAAUAUGGACGAAUUAAAAAGUCAGCUUGGGAUUUCUCAAGACAAACUUCACAAGCAAGCUCAAGAAGCGGCUAGAAGAGAUGAACAGUUAGUGGUUCUCAAAGUUGAGUUAGCAACAUUACAGGAGAAAGAUCGCCUUAUACAAGAUGAGAAUGACAAACUCAAGCAAGAAUUUCACAUAUCUCGACAGCAGCAUCAGAGCUGCAUAGAAGAGGUCCAAACCCUUCGCGUAUCUCUAGAGGACGCUCGAGCAAAUGGCGAUCGGUUACAUCGUGAAAGCGAACUUGUUGUGGAAAAUGUCAGCAGCUGGGUUAAGGAGCAGAAGGAAGGGAACGAAAGGUUAGCCGGAAGAUUGAGAGAGCAAGACGGACGAAUUUCUGCUCUACAGUUGGAAAAAGAGCAACUUGCUGAGUCAACAGAAUCACUGAAAAAGGAGAAUGCUGCUAUGAAGACUGAAUUAGAGGAAAGAAGAGUGGACAGUGAACGAUUAAAGUCCUUACAGUCGCACUCUGCUCAGCAACAGGUGCUGCUCCAUCAACUUCGCAAUCGUCUUCAAGAAUAUGAAACCGACCAAAAUACCGAGGCGAUGAGUAAGGCUCACGCCAUUGAAGAUCUUCAUGGUAGAUUGAAGUCAAACGUGGAAAGUAUUCAACAACUCAAUCAACAGCUUAACUCAUUAAACAAAGAAAAUCUCCGACAAAGACAUAUUAUAGAUAGAGAAGCUGCAGCUAGGAAGAGCCUACAACUUCAACUAGAAUCACGUGAUCAAGCUGUAAUGGCUCUAAAAGCUCAGAUAGAGUCGUACAAAUUUGCUGAGGUACCACACAGAGAUACCGACCACAUAAUUGAUGCAUAUGGUUUGAAUGACUCCGCUUAUUCGUCUAUCGACAAAGGACUGCAAAAGUCGGCUCAAAAAGACAAGGUGAGGUCCAUAAUGAGAAAGGAAAUGGAGAAAGCUGGUGUGAAGGAUCCUCAAAUACUGGAUAAGUCGUAUUGGAUUCAGAGAGUCGCUCUCAAUUCAACUACAGCAAAGCAGUGAGUAUUGGGCACAAAAAGUACGAGAUUUAACAACACAGGUGGA